AUGUCUUCUCCAUCCCAGUCUUCAUCCUACGAUGAGGAAACAAUAGUCACCCAAAUCACCACUAUUUACAACCUACUUGUCAAGCUGAGCUAUUUCUCCUCUGAUCAAGUUACCUUCCCUCCAGAAGGUGGUCACAGUAUCAAUGAAGAGCUAUGCCAUUCGCUCCACAUCGCCCCGCUGGUAAUCUCUCUCAUGAAAAAGAUUCCCUAUGUGGUAGACGGUUACCAUAAGCCUAUUAUGUGGCAAUCGCGGGCUUUCGAAUACUUGCUUGACGAAGAGAUCCGAAAUGGCCGCGAUCCUGAAUUAACAGGCGUCGCCGAUGACGACGGAUUAAGGCUGGACUUUUUGCGACCGUGGGAGGUUGCGCUGACUUGUUGGUUGGAUGAUGGGAGUUCAGUUAUUCUGGAUACCAAGUCAAAUAUCAUUCGGCUCAUUGAUGAAUCUGAACCACCAGAAGAUGACUUUCGAGAAGAAACCGAGGCACACAAUGCCCCCGCCUACCUACAGAAAGUCAUCGAUGAUAUCCAAACUUUAGAGAUGGUAUACUUCCCUGGUGGAGACAUCGGUUAUCUUCACCUGCCUGGCUCGUGGGAGCAGACUGAAGUGAAGCGAAUUCUGACAGAGAAUUUCGGUUGGGGCGCGGAGUUCAGGGAGGAGGAUUGGCGGCGAGAAGGAGAAGAGAUUUGUAAAGCCAUCGGGGAUGAGGGCCUUGAUAGAGAGGAAGAGAGACAAAGAGAUGCUACGCCAGUGCAUCAUACCUGGUGA